ACGUGACGAAUUGCAGACGAAACCGCGAAGCUGCUUCCGCUCCUUCGCGCCAGAUUUCAAACAACGGCGAAUAUUGAUGUAAUUAAUGGUAAGAAAGGACAAUGCCGCUAUUUGGUAAGAAGAUAUUUAGUAUUGUCAAGUCUAUAACCGAUAAACAACCGAAUGAGACCAUCUUCACGAUACCUCACACUAAGGAACAGUUCAGAUCUAAAGAGGAAUACACAAGGCGUCAGUCCUGGUAUAAAGAAAAAAUCUGGACAUGUAAAUGCACAGGACAUGUGAAUUUAACACAUGAAGAAGCAUGGAAUUCAGAAAAACAGGUCUUCAAAGUCUUGAAAAAUCAAUUCCAGUCCGUGUACCACAAACCAGUUCUACAGCUAGUCCAUCACAGUACACAGCCUCUUGAGAACAUUGUGGAUCAAGCUUGGCUGAAACUGCAACAAGUGCUCUGCAUUGGUGAAAGGGUGGUGCUAAAGAUAAAGGCUGCUGGCAAAACAAUUCAAGGGGUGAUUGUGAAAGUAGACACAGCUGGAUGCCAGGUGAAUCCCACCAGUAAUUGCAGCUCUCCAUCCAGUGACAAGGAAAACAAAGCUGAAGAAGGAAACUCUCCCAAGAAAUGGACCCCUCCCAAGUUACUACCGUACAAGUACAGCUUCCGAUUGGAUGGAGAAGACAAGAUUAUAAAUGCUGUUCCGGCUACUGAUCUUCAGAGAUUGGACAAACCGCCAUCUAAGGAGCUUAUUCGACUGUUCAUUCGAGCCAACUCAAUUCGGUCAGGACAGAACCCCACCAGCCCUUGGGUCGUUGAUGAAGAUAAAGUGAAGGAGUUCAGCCUACCUAGCAAAUUUAAUGACUUCUUCUUGUCACCAGUUAAGGUGGCAGAGGUGGCCAAGAAAGCGGAAGAAGAGAGAGCAAAGAAGCGAAAGUCCAAGUCUAAACAUGAAUCCUCCUCAGCCAAGAAAAUGAAGAAAGAUAAACACGAAGAAAAGACCAAAGACAAUAAAAAACAGUUGACUCUGUCUCCACUUAAGAAAAAAAUGUCCAAGUCCUCGGAUAGUGACAUUCAGAUCAUCACAUGUUCAGACUCGGAAAGUGAUGAGGAUAAGCCUCUGUCCAAGCUAAACAAAUCUAGUCCCUCCAAAAAGACUGCAGAGAGAAGUGAUAAAAGGAAACAGAAAGUAAAUAAACACAAAAAGGAAAAGAAAGAAAAACCUUUGAAGAAAGAAGGCAAAAAGAAAAAGGAGAAACACAAAUCAGACAGUGAGGAUGAACCUCUAUCCAAACUGAAGAAGUCGCCCUCUAAAAAGAGUAUGAAACAGAUGACAUUAUUUGAUCUGUCCAAGAACAGAGGGAUGAAAACUCCAGUGAAAAGGAAGAUGGGUUCCUUAAAAACACCAGAGAAGGGUACCAGAACACCAGAUCGACCAAUCAAAUCUCCGACUGCCAAGACGCCAGCCAUCGUUUCUAAAAUGGUCCGUGCCUUUAAACUAAAAGAGGAGGCUAAGCUGAAAGCACUGGCUAUUAAAGCAGCUAAACUACUGACCAUGUCACAGAUGAAGAAACUUCCCACAGAAGUUAAAGACAUGGUCAAUAAACGAUUUGAAUUCAUGCAAGAGAAGAAGAGAAUUGCCAACAUGUCUGAAGAGGAAAAGGCCAGGUAUCUGAAGGAGAAGAAAGAAAAGCAGAAGCAGGAACUGAAAGAGAAACAACUAAGGCUCAGACAGAGGUACGAGGAUCAAGAGUUGUCUGACCUGAAGCCUCUACCAGCACCAAAACUGGUGUCAACACCAGAGGGACUGCCCAACGAACUGUUCGGGGACAUCACCAUGGUGACUGAGUUUGUUAGCUGCUACUCUGGGCUACUGAUGCCUAAAGACGAUUAUCCAAUAUACACAGAUGCAUUGAUGAAGGCCUUGUGUAAUGGUAAGGAGGGUUUCCUGUACAUCAGUCGAGUGCUGGUUGUUUUACUACAGACCUUACUGCAGGACCAGAUCUCAGAGGAUUAUCAGGAGAUGAGGGUGUCUUUGAGCGACAUUCCCGUGAACCCCUAUACUGCCUCAGAAUUGGUGCGACUCUGUCUCCGAAGACAGGAUGUAGAGGAUCAGAGUACGAGCAACACCAGUGCAGAGACAGAUCUCGAGGAGGAAGUGCCAGAUGAGAUUAUUCAGCAGUUGGAGACCCAGGAAUUCUUCAUGCUGGACCCAGCGCAGAAAGUUCAGAUCCUGAAAGGUCUAUGUCUGAGGAUUAUGGGAACAUACUCAGUCCAGGAUUACAUGGAGGAAAAGCAACAGGAGGCCAGCAAACUCUGGAAAACAAAAUUAAAAGAGUUGAAAUCCAAAAAUGAUGCACUAAAAAAGGUGAAAGAGAAGCAGAAGGGAAUGGCGAAUGGAGAGGAGACAUCGAAGACCAGAGAAGGGGAGGGGGAUGACAAAGGCAAGCCUGAGGAUACCAGUCGGGAUGUUCUGAUUACCCAUUUUUACGGGAAACAGUCUGCGGAUAGUGACGGAUCUAAGCCGGGGACUCCUACACCUAUGGCUGUUGAUUCAGCUGAAGAAGGAGAUGACCUGGCCUCAGUGGUCAAAAGACGAAGAGUUACAACAGCACAGGCCAUGGCCGAAAAGAAGAAAAAAGAGGAAGAGGAUAGAAUCCGGAGGCAGAAAGAAGCAGAGAUAUACAAGAAAGAGGCAGAAAAGGAGAGAUUUGAGAAGAAAUUUUCAGAAGGGAUAGCCUUAGCUAAGGCUGUAUUAAGGCAGACUCCUAUAGGAAGUGAUCGGAACCACAACAGAUAUUGGGUGUUUUCUCAGACCACGCCAGGACUCUACAUAGAAAGAGGUUGGGUGACAGAUUACAUUGAAUAUAACGUCCAAAAGUCUCAGGAGUCGGACGAUUCUGAGGAUGACAUGGAGAUCACUGACGAGGGGCCUCUGUCGGAGUCACGAGCCCCUGCCGAGAAAACAGCCCCCAAAAUAGGACAGAAUCUGUGGUUUGCCUAUGACUCAGUCAAAGAUGUGGACUGCCUGAUAGACAGCCUCCACCCACAGGGGAUACGGGAAAAUCAUCUGAGGGCGGAGCUGAAAAAGAGAUACGAUAUUGUACACAAAGCUGUGAUAAGGGCUAACAGAACCAAUUUAGAGCUCAGGGAUUGUGAUGGAGAACAGGGUUUAAUAGAUGCUUAUAAGAAGACAUCGGAGUAUGAUGAAAAUGAGCCUCACUUUAAAAAGGAAUUGCUGGACACAGAGCUGAAGCUGAGGAAUGGAGGACUAGGAGGAGUGGACGAAUUUGCCAUCUGGGAGAAAAAACUGGAGACAUCCACAGAUAUUUCCAUGAUGGCGGAAUGUCUACUGGAAGUUCAGGAAAAUGUACUGGAGAAGUUUCGUCAAGGUAUCAUGACUGUCAGUAAAAAGAAGAUCCUGGUGAAAUCGGAGGACAACAGCGACUCGGAGGAAAAAGAGGAGGAGAUCUCGGUGUGUUUGGGGAUAUCUAAGUGGAGAGAGGCGGUGGAAAACGCCAGCACUGUGUCUCGACUUCAUGUCCUAAUGGGAAUCAUGGAUGCAAGCAUCAAGUGGGAGAAGUCAGCAGAAAAUGCGAAAUGCAAGAUUUGUCGUAAGAAAGGCGACGAUUCGGCUCUGCUCCUGUGUGAUGAAUGUAAUCAGGCAUUUCAUAUGCACUGUUUACGGCCAGCGCUGUUUCAGAUUCCCAAAGGGGACUGGCUAUGCCCAGCUUGUGAUCCAAAUCAUUCUAGAAGAAGAACUCGGGAUCUACCAAAGAGUUAUCGUGUAUCAGAUUCUUAUGAUGAAGGAAGUGAUGAGAGUGAAAUAGAACAUGAAGAGAAAUGUGUACAGUGUGGCCAUGAUGAAAAUCUAAUUUUCUGUGCCAAGUGUCCAGCUGCAUUCCACUUGGAGUGCCAUGAACCCCCUUUACGGCGACCUCCCAGAGGUCAGUGGGAGUGCAAUGAGUGUAAAACGGGGGUAAAAAGGUCAUCCAGAUCAAACACAGCCAGGAGAAUGGCAGUAAAGAAUAAAAGAGCCCCUCCUAAGCGGCGGAAUUACGAGGAGUCGGAGGGCAGUACAACAGAAGAGGAGGAGAGUGAAGUGGAAGGGACUCAUGAUAGUUCUGAUACAGAAGAGGAGGAAGCCCCACCUCCCAAGAAGUCACAACGCCGAUCGCAGGACGGGACAGCACGACGGGGCAGGCCUUCAAAGCAGAUGCAAAGCAGGGACAGGGGUGGGAAACGGUCCACAGAAGAGGAGGUACCUGCGUCACGUGCGGGGUCGUCACGACGGGCACCCUCAGAUUUAUCUAUAUGUGAACAGAUCGUAGCCAACACCAUGAAACAUAAAGCAUGCUGGCCUUUUCUAAAUCCUGUCAACAAGAAAGAGGUUCCUGAUUACUACCAGAUUAUCAAGCAUCCGCUGGAUUUCCAGAUCAUCAAAGAUCGUCUUCAGUGUUUGGUGUACGGGUCUCCUCAGGAAGUGAUGGAGGAUGUUAAGCUGGUCUUCAACAAUGCCGAGACGUAUAACAAGGAGGGAAGUGAGAUUUUGGAUUACAUGCAGGAAGUAGAGGCUUACUUCUCAGAUCAAAUGAGGAAACACCUCCCCACGUUCCCGUACUAUCGCCAGACCCUGACAAAUGGACACGCUGAUUGACAGAAUUCCUGACAGUAUAUCCAAGGUCUCUUAGUGAUUACCAAACUGACAAACAAGUGCUCCAGCUCUGUACUCAAUGUGUUUAUCUACAUAUAUGUAGUAGUGUAUAUGUGUAUGAAAGAGAGAAAAAAGACGGCAAGCUUUUAAAUGGCUUAGAAUUCCAGAUCUCUUCAUUAGAUAGACUCCCCAGACAAACUCGAUGAAGGAGAGUUGAUUUUUUGACAGGUUUAGUAAUGAAAUGUAUAAGAACUGAAACGAUUCACACCAAGUUGUAGGUGUAAAUGAACUCUCAUAAGAAUGCACUGUUUUCUGCAUUUUACAAAAGUUCAGGACUUUUGUUUGAAUGUAUUUUAUGUAUUACACAUGUAUUGCGUAAUUUAUUCAUUUUAAGAACAAAGUAUGUAGCUGGUAUGAAGUCAGCCUCUGUCUUUUUACUGUAUAAAUACUGUUUUAUUGAUAACUGGAUUGAGAUCGUCUUGUCUGUUAGUCACUCUAAUGAAUCAUGACACAAUUCCUUUUUAACCAUAUUAUUUUUCAUGGAUGGAAACUGAAAAACCUUAAGGAACCUUUGUACACUGCACAUAAAAAAGAUCUGCUUUUCAUUGACAAGGUACUACUUUAUACUCCCAUGAAAUGAUGGGUGCAUAUACAUUUACAUGUGUUACCCUUUUCCGCCCUUCUUCAUAAUUCAGUUUCCACUUAUUAUCUCUAUAUGGAUGCACAUUCAUUUGUAUAUAGAUACAUCAUGAGAAUUCUUAUUUGGUUUUCAUUAAAUAAUGUUUGACAGAGUUGUGCCCCUUAGACUUUGAAAAUUUCAAACUAUUCAAUGUUUCUGUAUUUUUCUAGAAUAAAGAAAUCGUGGGGUUUUUUGGGGUUUUUUUUUUUGUUUUGUUAAUUUGUGUACAAAGGUUCCUUAAACACAUUAAGUUUGGAUUGAUGUGACUGUGUGGUCAAGGUGCAGUAUCUUGUUAAAGAAAGUGGUAGUGUAAUGAUGUAUUGAAAUGACAAGUCUUGUCCCAUAUUUUUAUUUUGUAACGUGAAAAGUUUCUGAUAUGACAUUAAUUCUGUAAGUCACAAAUUAUUUUUUGUAAAAUAUAUAGUUGCACCAUGAUGCAAGUUUUUAAUAGGUUUGGCGUUGUACAAGUUAUUCUGUUCUUAUUCAUAACAAGAGUUUUAGACUGAAUAAAAUCAUCAUGAAGUAAACGAGGGAAGUCACUGAAAUUAUGCCACAUUGUAAAAAUGUAUGUUAAAUCUGUGGUAGAUGUUUGUUAAUUCUCUAAUAAAAUGUCAACAAGUCUG